GAGCUGGAUACGCAUAGGAAAAAGAAACUUUGUGCAGGAAAAAAAAAUGUUUGGCAGGCUGAAGUUCUGAAGGAAGGUCGACUGGCUCAUCUGAGCAGUGUUAUGGAAAUUUGUGCGAAAAAUGUCUCGGCCUCGGAACGACUUCAGACUAUAAUCGACGAGAAUCGAGCUAGGAGAGAGGAUUUUUCAAUUGCUGCACGAAAUUUUAAAAAUUUACUUGAUAAUUCGAGACUCUCGGUGUCCCAAAUGGACAAAUUGCACAGACAGUAUGAGCGGAUAUUGAUGGGCUAUCGGGAAAGUCGACGAGCUCUGGAUAUCGAGCUUCCAAAAAUCGUGAGAACUAGACUCGGAGCUAUUGGACACAGUUUUCGAAUGAUUGGUGACUUUUACAGUGACUCCGAACACAGUAGACAGACUGCACAUUUUUUCAAACUGAUUAGUGGAAACUUGUGUCCUGAGGAACCAGUGUCUGACCGUGUAACGUGCAAGGAUGUUCCACGCGAAAUGUGUCAGAAGUGCAAAGUAAAUCCAGUCGAUUAACCUCAAAAAUAUCGACGAGGGGCAAAAAAGAAUAUUUUAUAAAACGGAUUGACAAAUAUAUUUGGGAAAGAGAACAACGAAAAAGAAAACUCACGCCA